AUGCCUCCUCCCCAACCCUCCACCUCCCCCACCGCCGUCACCGAAACCUGCACCACGCACAACCUCACCCCGACCGAAUUCACCACUCUACUCGCCCAUGCGCAAGACGCCAAGACGCGCGCCUACUGCCCCUACAGCCGCUUCCGCGUGGGCGCGGCCCUGCUCACCGCCGCGGGCGACUACGUGCUGGGCGCCAACGUCGAGAACGCCAGCUACCCCGUGACGACGUGCGCGGAGCGCGUGGCCCUGGGCCGGGCGGUCGUGGAUGGGUAUCAUUUGCGGGGUGGGUUUCGCGCCGUGGCGGUCGCGACGGAUGCCGGGGAGCCGGCGAGUCCGUGUGGGAUGUGUAGGCAGUUUAUCAGGGAGUUCUGCGACCUGAGUGUGCCCAUCAUCAUGUUCGACAAAGAUACCAAUUAUGUGGUGAUGAAAUUGGAGGAGCUCCUUCCGCUGUCGUUUGGCCCUGACAACCUCGGGGCUCCGGACCCGGCAAAACCAAAGCCGUCGGCGGGACAGGCAUAA